AUGUCACGUUGUAACUCUGAGAACAGUAAUACAUCCUCAGUUGAAUAUUAUGGGGAAGACCUAAGCAAUUCUGUACACGACACCAAUCUGAGAGAUUUGAUAAAUAGUCGCUUUCCGUUGCUUUCCGUGGUAGAGAUCGACAGUGUUAAAAACAAUAGUCUUGAGGAUGAAGAGGAGGAGGAUAAAAAAGGUAUAAAAAGUGGUGUGUAUACUAACAUGAGCAGUUGCGGGCGAACUGCACUUCUCACGAAGGGUGGUUUUCGGAAUGGAAACUCGUGUGAAGGCAUGUGUAGCAACGGCAUCUCGGGUCCUACAAAUGAGCUAGAAAUUAAUAGUAGAAAUAAGAGGCCUCAAAGUACAGAUGCACUGAAUAUUCGUACCAUUUUAAGUGCAUCAUUGCUCCACACCAGCACUCUCCAAGCGUUCUUUUUUUUAGUCUGUUGUUACGCACAGGAGCACUUUCGGGGUCGAUUGUAUUCCCUGUCUACACCCCAUACUUUACUUGGUGAACAGGCAACAUAUGGAGACCUUGUGAAGUACCCUGUUAAGUAUCCAGAAAAUAAUAAUCAAGGACAGAAAUCUAUAGGGAUGGCAAAAAUCAAAACGGAUGAAUGUCACUCAAUCGUCCAAACUGAAGAGAAGCUUCUUUUGGAUCCCCAUAGUACAUCCCUUUUUAAUAGUGUGUCUUGUGAUGCAAGCCUAAAUUUUGCUUUUUGGGUGCAUCCUGAAAAACUUUCGAUAGCAGAACCUACUUCUCAUUGCAUUUCCACCGAACUGGGCCAAGCACAAGACGAAAAGAAAUCAAGCGAAAAUGAAACGAAAAAUACACGUGUAGAUAGGUUAUCCUGUCGUGGAAACGAAGCUGUGGGUAAAUAUUUUCAAACUGAGAUCCAAACUUGCUAUGCGAUUGAGGAUGCCUUGCGUCAUUUAAUACAUGCAGAUGAACGCUGCAAGUCUAACAAAUCCUUUGCUAAUCAUUUCGCUCCUGGUGAUGUCUCUGAAGGGAAUAAAACCUCAGAGGGUUAUCUGACAAAUAAACCGAGCCAGACGAAGAUCAACGAUUUAGAGGCACUGUUUGAUCGAGACCCUCAAGUCUCAUCACCUGAAGCAAUAAACAACAGAUUUAACGAGCCCAAAGCAACUGUUCUUGAAUCUUCUCAUAUUUCCUUAGAAUACUUCAAGCAACACAUUGAGAAAAUCUGGCAUGAGAAGCUUCAGAAACAACACAAUGAACAACAGUAUGAAGACAACCAGCGCUUUUUCCUACAGCUGCAUGAGUUGCAUUAUUUAGUAACAGAUGCAAUACAAUACGCAUUACUUCUUACACAACUACAGUCAGUUUCACCUUUUCCGGCAGGACUAAGUGGGUGGCGUCCUGUAAGUGGACAAUGCGACUGCGCACAACUACCGUACUACAGGUAUCCUCCACCUCUAUUUCGAACUAGCUCCUUCACUAGCGGGACAAUACGAUUGUUGGAGUGGCUACGUACAUGGAAACCACAAGCUGAAUCCGAAGCCACAGCCAGCUUCACCGAAAGCGGCAAAGCAGGAAACAAGAACGGACGGAGUGCAACUCAUGAUAAGAAAAUAUCUCAUGCAAACACAGUUAAGGAGUCACAAAGACAAAGAAAUACAACAACAACUUCUCUGCUCUCUACUGCUCAACUAAAAGAGGAAGAAGGGGGUAGUCUUGAGACUGAGGAGGACAUCUCAAAGGAUCAUAAGCAAAAAGCAUUUCCAGAAUUGUCUGAGAUCGCCGUCUCUAAAGAAAAUAAAGAGCAGUCAAUAGCAAGCAAAGCACACAUAAACUCUGAAGGAAUUGUUGAGAUGAUGGUGGUAAAAACCCAGCAGAGGACACUAUCGAAACGUUUCGUGUCUGAUGUUUCACUGGACACAGGUCAUCCAAUGUGUAAACGUCUGAAAACUGAAAAACUAAUCCCCGAAAGUGAUUUAGGAAUGAAUCACAUGCCAUCCACUCUAUCAACACCCCUUCCCCCCCCUGAGUCUCAGCGUGUAUUUGCCCAAGAGGCUUACAAACGAUACUGUCAGCUCUGGCGCGAUACCUCGUAUGAGGUUCUGCCCUUUCCACGUAUUCGUUUCUCAGGGAAUAUUGCGCAAGGUGGUUCAGGCUUCCCAUCAUGGUCCACGUCAGCUUCACCGGUUGCCCGAUCAGAAAGUCCACGCGUAUGCGUUUCAUUGCCCUUUUCCAAAGAAAUACGAAAAGAGGAGGAAACUCUCGCUCUCGGGACGAUCUGUGGGACCUAUGUGGAUACAUUCGGCAACCGGCUACGCAGCGCAAGGCUUGCGAGGCUAGAAGCUGAGCGCCGUGCUCAUAGACGUUUGAUGAGCCGAAAGCGUUCAAAACGACGUGGAUAUUUUACCAGAGAAGACACCGGAGAGGAUGUUGAUUUCCUAAGUAAGGUAACCACGAACCUGUCGUUUAAUGAUUUCCCACUCAUUUUACAACGGCAACAACAAGACGCCCUUUUCUAUCAGUCUGGUAUUACUAGAUCAUCCCUUUUUUGUGAUAAAAUUGAUAGUAAAAGCAGCCGAUGCUUAUCACCAUCAUCAUCCUCCUCUUUAGAGACGCUAUCUUCAAACGGAGACAGCGAAAAUGACUUAGAUGAUGCCAUCACUAACAUUGCGGUGCUUAGUGGACCGACCGGCUCCGGCAAAACUGCAUCUGUAUACCUGGCAGCUGAGCUGCUUGGGUUUCACGUUGUCGAAAUGAAUACUUCGGUACAGCGGUCACCGAAAAACGUUGAGCACCUUCUCGCAGAGCUCACACGCAGCUAUCGACUGAAACGAUCUCAACGUGGUAAAUCCACCUUGAGUAUAGAGGAAGAGCUCAACAGGAUGAAGCGAGAGCAUGCUCUAAUGAUGACGACUGUGCUUGAUGAAGCAGAGAUGGCGUGCCUAGCGAAGCAGAAAGCUCCAGAUAAAAGAAGGGCAAAUGGUAUAUCGGCUCAAGCUGUUGCAACAUUCUUCGGUCUUAAAAAUUCUUCUAAAGUUGAGAAAAAAAAUAGUGACGCGGAAGUGAAGACUACCGCGAAGCCACAAUCUACAUCUCGUGAUCCCGCAAAGGAAUUGGAUGCACCUUCUGUUAGUCCUUCAACAAACGCAAUCGGCGACUUAGUGAAAACAUGCCAAAGUGAAAACUCUCACCCUCCAGAGGUUGUGAAGAGCAAUGACUGCAGCGACAUUUACAAACGCAAUGUUAAAAAGCCUUCUGGUGCUACCCUCCUUCUGAUCGAAGAUGCUGACAUCUUGCUUGGUAAUGAGGCUUCUAAGCCCUUUUAUGCAGCUAUACGCGACCUCGCAAAGAAGAGCAAAGUUCCACUCGUAGUUACAGUGUCAACAGAUCAUUUGUCUGCGGGAUCAGAGAGUCCUGCAUGUAAGGAAGACGUUUUAGCUUCUAAUCGGUACGAUCUGGACGAGAGCAGCAUGAGUAUGUUUUCGAUGUUGCAUUCUCAAGGAAUUAGUAUGGGUUCUAUCGCUGAUACUAGGAACCACCAGAAAAAUACCUUUGCAGAUCAAACUGAGGUACAGAACUAUUUGUAUGGUGAUGAAAAUGCCGUAGCACAUAUAUCCGAGUCCAAUCAUGGUAACGGAUGUGGCUUUGCGCGCAUUGCAAUGAGUGCAGCACUGGUAGCACAGUAUUUUGGUAAGCAAACUCCAUUUUUGACAUUGAAACCGAUGUCAAAGGCGUCGUUGUUUACAGAAUUACUGGUGAUUGGUGCAGUCGAAUUAGGCUUACUCAAGGUACUCUACCCGGAUGGUUCUUCGGAAAAUAAGAACUUAUCACAAACCGAUGACACUAUGCUUCUGAACUCGAAUGAAUAUAUUUUUUCUCGCAAAAGAAGUUCUGUUCAGAAGAAAGGCACCAACACUAAUUCGAAGAGCCCAGUUUCCUCUGUCACAGAGAGGGUGUUGCAGGAUUGUACUCUUGAGUUGUGUAAUAUCGAGCGCUUUGAGGCUCUUUCCGCGCGCCUCCGCGAGGAAAUCUAUGGCAGAGAUCUCUCACAGUUUGUUUGCAGCUCUUCAUGCUGCGAAAACCAACCGUACCACACCGCAGACGCUGCAGUGGCGGUCACUAAAACAAUGUUUGGAAACAGUGAUAUUAGAAACUGGCUGAACCGACUUCAUUGGCUUCUAUUGGGCUUUCGCUCUGAAAGCACAACACCCGUUGUGUGUAAUGAAGCCCUCAAUGGCCACACCGAUGUUGCCUCAGAGUGUGCUGAUCUCAAAAGGUCUGACCCAUCGCCAAAUGUCAUUAACCGCGGGUUAAAUGCAGCUGAACUCGUUCAAAGGACUUUUCAAAGAGUGCCAUGGCAAGAAGCCUCAGUGUGGGAUACGUCUUACGGGCGCUAUCAAGCAGCAGUCACCUAUAAUGAACUGCAUUGCCCACGUCAAGAGAGGUGGUCGAAACAGCAUCUUGUGACGUGCUCGGUGGCGGAUUUACUAUCAGAGCUAGAUACUUGCGAUUUACCCUUACAAACUAAGGGACAACCAAAGGUGCCAACAUCUACUUCGCGUUCCCCUCCGCCUCCACUGUUGUUCCCGAGUCGUUCACCGGCAUCACCAUCCGCUUCUCUCAGCAGCGACUUUAGUGCGGCAUCAAUAUCUUUUUCUAUGGCGCCUAUUCCCUCAGCAGUGGAGGAAGUCACUACAAGGCUUCAAAGCAGUGUUACUUCUGGUGGUAAUGGUCUUAUAUGCCAUUCUACUGACAAAGAUAGUAUAGUCCUCGUUGGACUCAAACCUGUAGAUGUGCUUUUGCCUUACGGUGACGCACAACGCUGGCUUCAGGUGCUCAACGAAAAUAUACGUAACAGCACUGGGUCACAGGCAAUGUGUUCUAUACCUUCAAUACCACCUCGUCCAGAGAGUGUGAUUGCUUCAUAUUUUUUCGUCGGAGGACAUGCUGAAGGAAUUAUUCGCCCACAGACGACGAUGCCCACAACAAUUGUACCGACAACUAAACAGCGUGCAAAUACACUUGAGGAGUGGUGGAAACGUACAAGGAAACGUGAGGCUAUCAAAAACUAUGUGGUUGGACGUUCAGCGCAUGUUUGCGAGGAUCUAUUGGGGGUUAGUAGCCUUUUAGUUUCACCUACAAACGCUGUGCCUACUAUAUUGAAUCCUUAG